GUUGCCUUUACCGACCCACCACGCCAUCCCCUCAACCCCCUCUCCCAACGUGCCGCUCGCCCACCACUCCAAAUCCCAAAUCCCACCACCGGCCACGGGCCACCGCACCACCGCCGCCGCGCCCUCCGCCCCCAGAUCGCGCCGCCCGCCCAAUGGCCGCCCCGCCGCCGCCGCGCGCCGCGGCGCUCCCGGGGGCCCUCCUCGCCCUCCUGCUCGCCGCCGCGGCGCUGGUUCCCCCCGCGGCGGCCGAGAUCCGGGAGACCCUGAUCCGGUCCGACCCGCGGAGCAUCAUCCCGCUGGACGAGUUCGGCUUCUCCCACUCGGGCGUGCUCGAGCUCAACGUCUCCGGCAUCGCCUUCGACCCGCCGGCCUCCGCCGAGCUCGACCUCUCCCAGCUCGGCUUCUUCCUCUCCACGCUCGACGCCUGGGUCCACGUCCUCCGCCAGCUCCAGGACCUCGACGUCACCUGCGCGCUCCAGUCCGACCUCGUCAAGCUCGCCUUCUCCUUCGACCGCCUCCGCCCGCCAUCCAACCCCGCGGGGGUCGAGGUCGCGCGCUCCUCUUCCUUCUCCACCGCCUUCCGCGUCUCCGAGCCGGGACAGUACACGCUCGUCUUCGCCAACUGCCUCGGCGGGGGGCUCAAGGUCGACAUGGACGUCCGCUCCGCCAUGUACAACGUCGACCCAGCCACCGGGGAUCGCCAGUACCUCUCCGCGGGGGCGUCCUCGCUCCCAUCCAUCUACUUCCUCUUCUGUCUCGCCUACGCGGGCCUCGCCGCCGCCUGGGUCGCCAUCCUGCUGCGCAAGCGCGCCGCGGUCUUCCGGAUCCACUACUUCAUGCUUGCCGUGCUCGUGCUCAAGGCGCUCAACCUCCUCGCCGAGGCCGAGGACAAGUCGUGCAUCGAGCGCACCGGCACCGCCCACGGGUGGGACGUGCUCUUCUACAUCUUCAGCUUCCUCAAGGGGAUCUCGCUCUUCACCCUCAUAGUGCUUAUCGGCACUGGCUGGUCCUUCCUCAAGCCAUACCUGGCCGACAAGGAGAAGAAGGUGCUCAUGGUGGUCAUCCCCCUGCAAGUGGUGGCCAACAUUGCGCAGGUGGUGAUCGACGAAUCUGGACCCUAUGCUCGGGACUGGGUCACCUGGAAGCAAAUCUUCUUGCUGGUUGAUGUGGUCUGCUGCUGUGCCGUGCUCUUCCCGAUUGUGUGGUCCAUUAAGAACCUCCGGGAGGCUGCUCGCUCGGAUGGGAAGGCGGCCGUGAACCUCAUGAAGCUGACUCUCUUCCGCCAGUACUACGUGGUCGUCAUUUGCUACAUUUACUUCACGCGUGUCGUGGUGUAUGCGCUACAGACCAUCACCUCAUACCGGUAUCUGUGGACCAGCGUCGUGGCUGCCGAGCUUGCAACGCUCGCGUUCUACGUGUUCACUGGGUACAAGUUCCGGCCUGAGGUGCAUAACCCAUACUUCGCGAUUGAUGAUGAGGAAGAAGAAGCUGCAGCUGAGGCACUCAAGCUGGAUGAUGAAUUCGAGCUAUAAGGGUUUAGCAAUUGGCAUCCCUCCAUGCCAGUGGUGAUAUUGGUGUUGUAUGAUGGGCCACCACAGGAAAAAUGGCAUAGACUGGUACCAUAGUUCAUAUCCUUUUGUUUUUUCCUUCGAGUUGGUUACAUUUUGUCUUACUGUAAUUGGGUAUUGACAACCCUGUGUGUGUGUGUGUGUGUGUUAAGCGAUGCAGCUUGCCUUUGCCUUAAUUUUUAUCCAUAAUCAUUGGGAUGAGCUGUUUUAAUUCUAGAUGUUUACUUUGCUCACAUAGUGAAUGAAAUUGACCAAUUGAUACUGACUGUA